UUCAAUGGGAGGGUGCGGCUUUGCAACACGCUGAAUUCGACAGAGACAUGGUGUGUUUCUCCUAUAAACGUCCACUGGUGACUCGUAUUAAGACACAGGCGCGUUUUGGCCACAUAUCCAUAUGUGACUGGCUAUUCAACAAGAUGAGUAUGACCAGUAUGAUCGGUGAAAACUAAUUUGCUUCUCAGGCAUUCACAAAAUUUGGAACCGUAUCGGGGGUAAAUGGAAACAGUCGGGGUGUGUUUUUGUGUGAUGUUUGUUGUGCUUUUUACGAGCCUGCCGUGACUACAGGCUGAGCGGCAGGAUAUGUGUCCGGCACUCAACAGGAGCUUUAAAACCAGAGCCUGCUAAGGUAGUCGAAUGUGAUUUGAGCUCGUUUUAAAAGGCGCGUGAAGUCAUUUUUCUCCUUCCCGUGGGGCGCGCGCUCGGGAUGAGGACUUCAUAGGUUUUGGAUAACCGAACGUUUCUUUUUUUUUUUUUUCUCUCCUUGCACGCGGGCCACACCUCUUCGCUCUAUUCAUCCCAGUAAAUGAGUAAACACAUCAUCAUCAUUGCAUAUAUAUGUAUGUAUCCUUUUCUCUAAACGUUGGACAUUGCAGAUACGACGGUUAAAGGCGGCGAACGAAAGGCAGCCGAAGACCCUCCGUGUUUUUGUUCCGUUCAUGUUUAUCAGACACAACGUGAGGCCUCACAGGGAGGGGACGGCACACGCCUCUGCUCAGGGCUGGGGCCUGUGAGACCUUCAUGUACUGUCGGAAAAAACGGGGGAGGGGGUCCUUUUAACGCAUGAACUUGUGGUGCAAAGGAUCAUGAAACUCAAUGUUCGGAUCGGAUCACUAUGGAAGCCCAUUUAAAGCAAGAAGCAGCUCUGGAGUAGAACGAAUAAAACCGAUGUGGCUGAGGUGGCAACCUUCAUUGAACAGAAACUGGAAACAUCUGGUCUGUGUCAUGAUUACAGAUGGAUCCAGCAAAAGUAUGAUGUGGUGUGUUGUGAUCCUGCUGGCCACUGCUCUCAGUGUGGACUCCUAUCUUGUCCAUGAUAUCCAUGAGCGUUUGGCCCACGGUCGGCAGCUGAAGAUCCACCUGCCUAAGGGUGCGGACAGGCUGGAGUUCACUCCAGCUGAUCACCCUGCCAAGACCCUUACGUACUGGGAGAAGGGCCGAAUCAGGAUGACCAAAGGCAGGGUGUCGGGUACAGGCACUGACCGACGCUGGUACAUUGACAAGGUGACCUAUGAGGACCAGGGGACGUACACCCAGAAAGACUACUGGAAUAAAGAAAUCUCCUCCGUCAAAGUAGCCGUCACACCCAGACACAACUAUGCCAAGUGUGUAGCAGGACAGAGUCUUUACAUCCAGCUGGAGGGCAUUGACCUGAGCGACGCGUCCCUCUCCUUCUCUGGGGAGAAUGUCAACGUUACACUGGUGCACGACGGUGCUCAGGUGUCCCAGGACCUGCCGAAUUAUUGGGACCGGGUUCACACCCAAUCCACGAAAAUCGAGAUCACGAACAUGAACUACAGUGAUGUGGGACAUUACACCCUAAUAGACCGGAGAGACCGGGUGGUGUCUGUCACCAGGAUGGACCUGACAGACCAUCGUGAGGACUCUGAUGGAAACCCUCUCUUGGCUCUGCUCUUACUGCUCGGCAUCCCUGCUGGGGUUUGCUGCUGCUGUCGGAAGAAGAUUUUCAAAAAGAAACCCUCCACCGCUGCACCGCUACAGUCCACACCAGUUGCAGUCCAUCCUCCUCCCGGUGGUCCUGUGGGACCUUGUCCUUCUUACAACACUCCUGGACAACCGGGAGUGGCGUACUACCACGGCCCAGACCCUAACAUGGAUCCUACAUUCCAUCCUCCCCCUCCAACCGCUGGCCCAGGAGCGUGGAACGGCCCCCCACCAUCAACAGGGUAUAACCCUGGCUACCCACCCCAGAACCCUGGCUACCCACCCCAGAACCCUGGCUACCCUCCCCAGAACCCUGGCUACCCUCUCGCUGGUCCAGCUGGUCCUGCCCAGCCUCCACAAUGGAACGGUCCACCACCAGGCGACUACCCCCUCGGACCUGCAGCUCCAAUGGGCUAUGCUCCAGCUCCAGUCAUGUAUAGCUCUGCACCACCAGCAGCUGCCAGUGAACCUGUUUCCUCACCUGCCGACCAACUGCUGCCUACCACACAACAGGCUGAAGCUGCUUCCUCUCCUGUGCCCCCCUCCUCCACCACCCUUCUCGGCUCCUCUGAUGAUGCCUAUGAGUUCAAGAUCGAUGCAGGCAAAAACUCCACCAACUUCCUGUAGGGACGCUGCCCCCC